AUGUCUUACACCUGCAGUUCUGGAAACUUCUCCUCCCGCUCCUUUGGAAACGGCCUGGGGAACUCGGUCUCCACUUGUGAUUCCUUCUACCCCAACAAUGUAGUCUACUCCCCAGGAACCUACCAGGUGGGCUCUUCUCCCCAGGGUAACUGUCAGGAGACAUUCGCUGAGCCCACUGGCUUCCAGGCACCCUUUGCUGUGACCAGACCCUGCCACACAUCAUUCUACCGUCCAAGGAAUUCCAUCUUCUCCAGUUCCUACCAGACAAAUUGCGCUGGAUCUGUUGGAUACGGGAAUACUGAUUUUGGAUCAUUUGGUUAUGGAAAUACCGGUUUCCACUCUGUGGGUUGUGGGCCCAACUUCUUCCGCCCAAAUCAUUUUUCAUCUGGGAGCUGCCAGUCUACCUGUUACCAACCAGCUUUUGGCACUCGCUGUUUUGGAUCAAGUUACUAA